GUAGUAGGAAGAGAGGUAGCUGAGACAGAGAGCGGGACAGGAGUGGUGACGAGACCAGCUGCCUUGUUUACAAAGGGACUCCACAUUCUCUGCCUGUCACAAGGCAGUGACACACACACACACACACACACACACAUACAAAGAGGAUCAGAGAGCAGAGACAAAAAGGUAGGACCUGGAAUAUUGAGUGAGACAGAGUGAAAAUCUCUGUGAUCCAGUGUGAAGAGAGGAGUUGAAAUGGUGUUGGUGCAAGUGCUUGUUGAGCUCUUUCGCUUUCUUGGCGGACGACAGUUCAUUCCUCGAGUGGAGAACAGAACAGCCUCACCUGUCGACUUGCAGGAUUCUCUACUGUCACUAGCCUCAGUGACGGACUGUCCAUCUUUGAGAGUAGCUGCUCAGGCUGCCCUCAGUGCUGUUCUAGCUGGACCAGUCAGUGUUUAUACAUAUCUCCUGGAAGGUGACUUCCUGAACUGCGAAGACCCUCAACAUAACCUGCAGAAUGAGGGGAGCAUUCAAGAAGCUGUUGCUCAGCAGAGGAGGGUAAUAUGCGAUGGCAUACCUCCAGCAGAGCUGCAUGAGGACCAGAGACCAAGCCUGGCUAAGCCACUGCCAGGACAACAGAAAGUUGUCAUUACACCUCUUAUAGAUCAAGGAGAAGCUAUUGCUGUGCUUUUGAUUAGUUGUGGAGAGACCAGUGAUGAGAAGGACAAGCAUUUAGACUUGCUGGAGAAGCAUAUCACCGUAGCCUGUAAAAGAGUGCUCACUCUGAAGGCCAAGAAGUCAUUUAUGAGCCCAUUAAUCAAUACAUCCCAGAAUCAUUUACCAGCACCACUGGAUAAUGCAGGAAACAGAGACUUGGAUCAAAAAGUCCUACAGCUUUGUGGAAGUCUGUACGAUUUGAAUGCUGUGACUGUCCAGCAAAAAAUCAUUCAAUAUCUGGAAAAAGAGAUCAAGUCUGUGUACUGCUUUCUACUGGUUUCAGAAGACAGUCACCAGCUGCUUUGCCAGGUGAUUGGUGACAAUGUUUUACAGGAGGAGAUCAGCCUUCCCCUGGUCACAGGACAUCUGGGGAAGGCAGUGAAAGAGAAAAAGUAUCUCACUCAACAAGAUCUCACCACUGAGGACCUGCAGGUUCUGAGCGGUAAGCUGGCUCUUCAGGUGGAGACCAUGCUGUGUGUCCCGGUCGAGUGCAGAGACACAGGGAAGGUGGCCGCCCUGCUCUGUUCCUUCAACAAGGAAGGUGCCAGCAGAUACACAGAGGCAGACGAACACAUCAUUCAGCACUGUGUCCGGCAUACCGCCCCAGUGCUAAGCAGCUCUCUGGCCCUUCAAAGGGAGCGCAAACUGCAGAAACAGUGUCAGGCAUUGUUGCAGGUGGCAAAAAACCUGUUCACUCAUUUAGAUGAUGUCAAUACACUGCUGAAAGAGAUCAUUGCCGAAGCCCGGAGCCUCAGCAACGCAGAGAGAUGUUCCGUGUUCCUGCUGGACAAAGCCAACGAGGAGCUGGUGGCGAAGGUGUUUGAUGGAGGGAUGGUGGGGGAAAAUGAGACUGAGUUGCACAUUCCAGCUAAUCAGGGAAUCGCUGGUCAUGUGGCAACAACAGGAGAGAUCCUCAACAUCAAGGAUGCAUACUCCCACCCGCUCUUCUACUGUGCCAUGGACGAGAGAACAGGUUUUCACACACAGAAUAUUCUCUGCUUCCCUAUUAAAGACGUCAAUGGAGAUAUUGUUGGUGUUGCUGAGCUAGUGAACAAAAUUAAUGGACCAUGGUUCAACCGCUUUGAUGAGGACUUGGCAAUGACCUUCUCAAUAUACUGUGGCAUCAGUAUUGCUCAUUCUCUCUUGUACCAGAAAGUGCUUGAAGCUCAGUUCAGAAGCACUUUGUCCAAUGAAAUGAUGAGAUACCAUAUGAAGUUGACUGAUGAGGAGGUGGAAGGACUACUUUCCAGUGGCAUCCUGCCGAUCCAAAAGAUCCACCCCUCUUUUGCUGAAUUUAGCUACAUCCCUCGCUCACUCAGUGAUGACAACACAGCUACGGCAGUUAUCAGCAUGUUUGAAGACAUGGGGUUCAUCAACACUUACAAAAUAGAAAAGAACUCACUGGCACGGUUUUGCCUGAUGGUUAAGAGAGGGUACAGGGAUCCUCCCUAUCACAACUGGAUGCAUGCCUUCUCAGUGAGCCACUUCUGUUACCUCCUAUGUAAGAAUUUGAACAUGGGACAAUAUCUUGAGGACAUUGAGAUGUUUGCUCUUUUUGUUUCGUGUCUGUGUCAUGACCUGGAUCACCGUGGAACUAAUAACUCCUUCCAGAUCGUAUCGAAGUCAGUCUUGGCUCACCUCUACAGUUCAGAUGGAUCUGUGUUGGAGAGACACCAUUUUGCCCAAGCUAUAUCCAUCCUUAACUCGGAGGGCUGUAACAUUUUUGACAACUGUUCCAGAAAGGAUUAUCAUCGAAUACUUGAUCUGAUGCAUGACAUCAUCUUAGCCACAGACAUCGCCCAUCAUCUGCGCAUUUUAGGCGAUCUACAAAAAAUGACAACAGACGGAUACGACUCUAACAAGCCCCAGCACCAUGAACUACUGUUGUGUCUACUAAUGAGCGCAAGUGAUCUGUCUGACCAGACCAAAGAUUGGAAGACCACCCGGAGAGUGGCUGAGCUCAUCUACAAAGAGUUCUUCUCCCAGGGAGAUCGAGAGAAAGCCAUGGGAAACACACCUAUUGAUAUGAUGGACAGGCAGAAGGCCUACAUACCAGACUUGCAGAUUGGCUUCAUGGAACACAUUGUUAUGCCUAUAUUCAAGCUCUUAAAGGAUCUUUUUCCUGGGUCGGCAGAGCUCCACCACUCUAUAUCUUCCAACCACAGCAGAUGGAUACACAUCUCCCAGAAGUACAGAGUGCAAGGGUUGCCUAGCAAUGACUCCUUAGAGUUUUUAGAUGAUGAGUAUUAGCCACCAGCAGCUGGACUAUGGACCCAAAGGAGGAAAGGCAACAUCUUUCACUAUUGUGUGACCAAUGGACUUCUGUGCCCUUCAAACUGAAUUGUGGAUGUCAUGACAAUAGGAAUAGGAGGAGUUACCUGUCUGCAUUGUCAGUAUAUAACUGUGUGAAGUAUUUUCUUGAUGAAGCAUUACUAUGAUAAGAAACACAAUUGUAAAGCAUGCAGUGUUGUACACCCUGAUUUUAACUAUAUAGUGGAAGCAUUUUAUCUCUACUGUUUUUACUGUAUUUAAUUUAGUUUCUGUUUGUGUAAUUUAUUUUUGUUUGUAUUGAACAACACCAGCAAAUAGUAAAUUCUUCUCUGCUGAAAUGCUUAUAAUUGAUGUAAGGACCAGUACUUUUUUCUGUAGUUAUUUUGAUAAUAUUUUGGGAUUUGAGAGAGGAUGAAUUCUAUGAUUGAUAAUACGUUUCCGAGAGUGUUAUUUCAGUCCGAGUUGGGAAAGAUGUGGUCACAGAAAGGGCAUUCACAUGUUUUCCCUAUCUGUGAUAAACAAUGUACUCUAUUCAUAUAAAACUGAACGGCCAAAUGGUUUGUGGGAUAAAUGCUUGCACUUUUUUUUAGAGGAAAAAUCUACUUGGUGGCUGCAUGUUGGCAUGAAACCCAACAGAAGAGGAUCAAACAAUACUAUGGUUACAUACAGAGUAAUGUAGGGUUACAUACAGAGUCAUUUAAAAUUUUCAUGCAAAGAUACUAGUGUCUAAAUGUUUCUUAAAGUCAUGCAUUAUAAGGCAGGUGAUAAAACAAACCUGAGAAUGCUGAUGCAGACCUAUUGUAUGUAGGUCAACAGUAACAUCUAGGACAAUAAUAACCACUUUCACAGCUGAGGUCAGUGUCACAUUGACACUGUACUGUAUACUUCAAGGUAUUGCUGACAAAUGAUCCCUCUUGUGCUAUCAUGCUAGCAUAUCACUUUAUUCAUAUAUAAUGUGACCAUAUGAACACUUACUUUUAGCCUAUACCUUUACAGUCACCUCAAACAAAACAGCUUGAAAUUGAGUGGGUACAGUGAGUGUCCAUUGAUGCUGAUGUUUACUACAUUCUCAGUGCAACGUCUUGUUUGUGUCCAUGUCAUGCUGGAAACACACUACCCAGUCUACACUACCAACUUGGUCCAUCCCUCAGUGGUCAUAAAAGAUAUUGCAAGAUGUCAAAGACCAUCAAGUCUUAUGAAAAAAUGUAUUACAGUAAAUACAGUAGCCUAUUUUUAUUUACAGCACUGAAAAAGAUCUGGCAAUAAAGAUCUAUCCAAACUGUC